CCUUUUAAGACACAGAAAACACAACAUUUGGCAUUAUUGACCAUUGUCUCUCAGACCCCUGGCCACUGUUUUCACCACUUUCUCCUCCUCAUUCUCUCUGUUCCAAACAUCAAUCUUAUUACACCCAUUCUCCUGUGUUAUCUUUCUAUCCAUCGGUCUCCGGUAAGUGCACUUUCAUCCAGCCCUUUCUCCAUAGAGCUAUGGGCUGCAUGAAUGGUUUUACCCUUCCUUCAUUUUGCCUUCACAACAUCCUUGUGAGGUGAUUUAGGUGGACGGGGCCAAAAACACCUAUAGAGCUCCAUGGCAGAGCAGGACUUUGAACACAGGAUCCUGGUCCAGCACACUAACCACGGCACCAAACUGGCUUGUAUUUUGGCAUUUUUCCUCUUGCAGCCAUUUUUGCAUGGAACUCCCCUCCCUACCCAUUAGAUACUUAACUGGCAGCUUAUUUUUCUCCCUCUUAAGAAAUUAUUCUCACCCCCAAGAGCUUCACAGUCUAAAGAAGAGAAACAGAAACCAAAAUUGUGAAGUUGCUACCUGUUAUCACGCACACCAGCGGAGGAAGCCUCAUCCCAUCGUUGAUGUAAUGCUCAUAUUCUACAGAAAGACAAACAGGAGAGUUACAAACUUCCUACAACCUUUGUUCAGAAAAAAAACCCAAAAAACUACAAAAGGCAAGCUCAGAUUUUCAAAGCGUCGUGGAUUUUCUUCCCAAUCCAAUCCCAAAGUAGCUCACAUUUUUCCUCUCUCCUCAAUUUUAUCCUCAUGACCUAUCGGUUAGGAAAGUUUCAAAACAUUCAACCGGCCACAACCUUUCAUGACGGAGUUGAGAUUUGAACCAGCUGCUCACGGAUCCUUGUCAGACACCAUAACCAGCACACUUCGCCUGCAGGACUGGAAACUACAUCCCACAAUGCCCAGUUUCAACAGGAAGGAGAGUAACUUUGAAAAUAAUCUUAUAGAAAAUAGCCUGCGGCCACAAUGCAUACGAAACAUAGGAAGUGUUCUCUUGUGUUUUGGCUCUGCCCAGGAUAGAUGUUUGCUUAGAAAACAAACUGUGAAGGUGGUUAUACGAGGAAGAUUCCCAGUCACACCGCAUUUGAACUGCAGAGAACCCAAGGGCACGUCAGAGGCAAAGCAGAGAUGUGGUUCCUCGUCUUCCAGCUGUUGGUCUUUCUCCUUCACUCAACUCCAUCCAGAUCUGAGGGGGACAUGACAGAUCCCAUCCUUUCUGCCUUGGAGAGGGCCACUCUCUUCUUAAGAGACGCAUACGAUGACAUCAACGUGGAUGGUGUGCUGGGCUAUCGCAUAUUGCAAGCCUAUCUGAACGGAGUCUUGGAUAAAUGGGAAUCGCAGCCCGGAUUGCAGCCCUCACGGCAGCGUGUGGUACGCUUAGUGGAGAAGUUGUCACUGUUGGUUGGCCAGGCGGAGCUUGCGGUGGAGCGGAACACACCGGAAUACUACACACAGUUUGUCCCUGCUUUACGCCCAGGUUUUUGGAAGAUUCCUCGCCAGUGGAUCCAGACAGAUCCUUCUCUUGUACCGUCUCAGAAUAACAUUUCAGGCUGCCUCAAUGGAGAGUUGAGUGAUUCUUGCAUCUCGCAUUUGCUAGGAACAAGGGGAGAUGAUGCCGGACCUUGCUCUGUCCCCAAUUACUGCUCAGGCGUUAUGACCAAGUUGGGCUGCUCAAAUUAUUCGCUGUCACACCAACUUUUCUAUUUCAUGUUUGCAGAUUUGCAACAAUGCCCAAAUCCUUUGUUCCGUGAUACCCAGUAUUACAAGAACGUCUUCUGUGCCUCCAUGAAGAAAAUCAACAUAGACGCUGAAAAAGAGGCCCGCUUGAAUACUCUGGGAGACCUCUUUGUGGAAAACAUUUUGCUCUGCGGCUUGGCUGGGUUCUCUGACUUAUACCAGCCUCGGUGGCUGAAAAUAAUUCUUAACUGGCAGAAGCCCAGAAAGGGGUGCUUUUGGAUGUAUGGGGACCAAUUUCAGUCCUCCAACCAGACUUCUGAAGAACCCAGUCAGAGGUCGCAAAGAGUUAAGAGAGAAGAGAAAAUCCUAAAAGGUGGAUGUUCCUCUCAUAACACCGCCGUGGCUGUCGCUGCCCUUGGAGGAUUCCUUCACUAUGGUGGUUUCUGAUGGUUCAGCAGCCACGAACCGUGUCUGGAAGUCGCCCGGAUGAAUGGUCAUGACCCAGCUGAGUGUUUUUUAAUUAUGGUGUUAGAGGUUUUUCAGGCUGUAUGGCCGUGUUCCAGUAGCAUUUUCUCCUGACAUUUCACCUGCAUCUGUGGCUGGCAUCUUCAGAGGAUUUGAUGGUAGUAAAGCAAGUGGAGUAUAUAUACCUGCAGAAUGUCCAGGGUGGGAGGAAGAACCACUCGCAUUGGUUAGAAGUGUUAAGGGUGCGAUUUGCAAGUAUAAUUUUCGUGUGUUAAGUGGAAUCCACCCAUUUUAGCAUAUGUAUGUAACACUGAAGUUGCAUAAUCAAUUAGUGAGGGCAUCUGCAUAGUAGUUGCCUGGCAUUUUAAUCCGUUUGAUUUAUUCCUGCUGAGAGACAUCCUGUAUCUGGGCGAUUUUCACUAACCAUCCUUGUGUUUUUAAGUACUGUUAGCCAGAUUUUGUUCAUUUUCAUAGUUUCUUCCUUUCUGUCGAAAUUGUCCAUGUGCUGGUGGAUUUCAAUAGCUUCUCUUUGUAGUCUGACAUAGUGCCUGUCAGAGUGGUCCAGAAUUUCUGUGUUUUCAAAUAACAUUCUGUAUCCAGCAUAAUUUAUCACGUGUUCUGCUAUAGCUGAUUUUUUUCCGGCUGAAUUAGUCUCCAAUACCUUUUUCUAACAUUCUGUUUUCUAAUUGUUUUCUAAUUGUCUAUUUAAAAAUAUUGUAUUGUAAUUAUUUUUUGCAAACCUGAAGGAGGCUACCUCAAGAAUUAUAUCAAAUUCAGUUAAAUUUUUUUUUAAUCUGUUUUCAUAUAAUCCAUGCCAUUCAUAAGAGAGAAUGAGGCAGGGGAACAGAGAAAAUAUACAAAAGAGUUAUGCACCUGCGGGUAUAAGUGUAAAUUUGUUUGCUAUCUAACAGUCCUUUGUUCAACUAUAUCUCAGAAUAUUGUCUUUCACCCACUGCUUGGGUUUUAUGUCUAUUCCAGCACAGAAUAAAAUGAUACCAUGACUCACUGAA